AUGGCUUACUUAUUUGGACUCGGUGAUGGUAUUCUGAUUGCUUUGGGGAUUAUCCUGGUGGCAGUGUCGCUGUGUAUUGUGAACAGACGAUCGAAAGAAUUAUCAUCCAUUCUGAACUACGUCUUCAUCGCUACUCUUCUCCUCCUCUUAUUGUACUGGUGGCCAGUGAAAAAAGUGAAUGAGCCGCUAAUUGACGAGCAGAUCAAAACCGACAUCAUCCUCAUUCCCCGAAUUGUAUUCUUUAUUUUUCUCCCAUUCUUUCUCAUAUAUCUCAUCAAUUUGUAUGUCCGCCACAACCUAUUCAACAUUGUUAGAGCACAAUCGACGGCGAGUAGACAUGCCAAACCUUGGCUGAUUGAAGCAAAGAUUAGAAGUAGACGUGACGGCGGAAAAUCGAAAUAA